AGCGUCAGUCUGUUUGCCGUCAACCGCGAACUACAAACUUCCUGCUCUUCACGCGCGGCUCUUCUACUGCGAUGAAUCGACCGUAACAUUCACGGCAGCAUGAACUCAGAGCAGCCGGCUGAGACACACCGUGGGGAAGACAAGUGUUCGGUUUCACCGCCGGAGGAGAACGACGUGAAGAGGGCAGCCAUCAGACGAACUCCAUUUCCCAAAUUUAAGAGGGUGCACUCCAACUUCAAAUCACCUAUUCAAGUAACUGAGAGGGCUAAAGUUAGUCCUGCAGAGGAGGUGGCAGAGCUAGAGACAAGAAGAGAUCAGCUGGACACAGAGAUAGCACAGCUGGAGGCUGAGGGAUACAAAGUAGAGGAGCUGGAACAUCAUAUUGAUAAGCUGCAUGAAUACAAUGACAUCAAGGACAUUGGACAGUCACUCCUGGGCCGUAUUGCUGCUCUGAGGGGGACCACCACACGAGAUCUCUACAGCCACUUUGGUCUGGAGCUGGAUGACUGAAAAUAUAGAAUGAAAAUACAGUGGUGAGAACGGUUCCCAAACACCGAGGGGAAGGGAGGCAUGAAGAUAAAAAAGAAAAAGGAGCAGAAUAACUUUUUGAUAGGAGUUUGGAUGUGGACUAAAGAUGAAGAAACUAUAUUGAUCUGAACUUCCUCAAACACAUUAUUCCUAAAUCUCUCUCUGGUGUUCGGUUGGGUUCAGAUAUGGAGACAAAGACCAUUAGGGUUAGGCUGAUGGAGCCUUAAGGAAAAAUUGAGGUUUUCCAGAAAGUAUUUAUUUGGUUUACGUAGAAACGCCGCUCUGCUCCUCCACGACUUAGCCGUGAACAUAUAAAAUAGAAAUAUUUCCAUAGUGGCGAUGACAAAAGACGCCCAGUCUCAACUCAAAGCUAACAUGUAAUUAAUUGUCAUACUCCUAUAAAAGCAGUGAGCCCUAGCCUUAAUAGAGGCAUUUGCAUCUUUGAAUCCUUCCGAGACACAACUUUGAAAGGACUUGUUUUGUUGUUACAUUUGCACUUAUCUAAAUGGGGUUUGGAUAAGGGUAUGCAUGCAUGAUGACUUUAUGAUUAUCAGUUGUUUGCUGGACCUUAACAUGUGAAAUAAACAGCUUCAGCUCCGAGUAUAAUAUGCCUUGUAUAUUGACAACAACAUACAAUAAUGUACCACCUAUAUAGUAUAUUUCUAUUUGUAUUGCCACCUCCUAGCACACGAAGGAAACUUAAGAGAUACGGAUACAUUGUGGAUGCAACAUUAGUUUUUGUGAAAUUAAUCAUCUGAGUUUAACUAUUCUAGGUUAUCAACAGUCUCCAAAUUGUAAGUACAUGCUUUUUGCUAAGUAAAAGUGUAACAGUUAAAAAUAAUCCACUCUUUUAACAUGCGUGACUGUUGAAAUCAAUCUCAGUUGCGACAGAUGAAUGUUGUAACAUCCCCCUAAAGAGUUAACGUCACUCACUUCACAAAAAAUAUCAGACAACUGUCACACUCAUUUACAGUUUCCCUGUCAUUUCAAUGGGAUAAUCCAAAAGUCGAACAUAGGAGAAAGGGUUUGGUAUCUACAUAACUUCCUUUAUUUAAAAAAAAAUAUGUUCAGAUUGCCUGAAAGGUUCAGUAAAUGUUCUGCACAGACAACGCACACAAGUGGCAUAAUAUAAUGGGUGUGCCCUUAUCUGUCUGAGAACCACUGAUAAUGUGUCUUCUUGGACUUGGAAUGAUAGCGGCUGAGGAGCUGCACAGCUCUGGUGAUGCUGUGUGUGUGUGUGUUUGUGUGUCUGUAUCUCCAUGGCAGUUCUCUGAGUGUAUGAUGAAUAAGUGACGCGUGUGUACACUUUAAUCUCUCAUUUACAGGUCAAAGCUCAUCCUAUUUUCUUAUCCUGAUCUCUGAGCUUAUCAGUCAUACUGUGUUCAGUGUGGUACAUGUUCAUACAGGAUGAUACCAGGUGAUAAGCUCUGAUCACAGUGUAAAAUGCUGACUUCUAUGUGCUCAUGUCUUCUUGCACACGAUGGAAGCUGUGACAAUGGGUUACAAGCUGGUCAGUAGGAAUAUGACUUAAUUCUGUACAGUGUUCUGUAAGAAUUCUAAAAUAAAGCUCUCCAGACCUUCA